AUGGCAAGGCCCUUGUUGGGAAAUGCAGGCCAGAUAUUCCAAGGAUGCUGUUCCCCUUACAGGGCCCUCUGUGCCUACGUGGUGCACAGGAACGUGACCUGUGUCCUACAGGAGGGAGCAGACAGCUAUGUGAAGGCUGAGUACCGGCAGUGUGGAUGGGGGCCCAAGUGCCCCAGGACAGUCAUGUACCGCACAGUGCUCAGACCCAGAUACAAGGUCGGCUACAAGACAGUGACGGACCUCGCCUGGCGGUGCUGCCCUGGCCUCACUGGAGAAGGCUGCCCCGAGCACCUCACGGACCAUGGGGCCACCCUAGCCCAGCCAGAACCUGAGCCCCAGAUUCCCUCUGGGCAGCUGGGCCCAGGGCCCCGGCCCCCUUCUUCUAGCAGAACGGCCCCCAGCCCCUAUGGAAGGAAAGGACCAGGGCUGUUCGGUGAGCGGCUGGAACGCUUGGAAGGCGAUGUCCAGCGCCUGGCACAAGCAUAUGGUGCCCUCAGUGGCCUGGUGGCCAGCCACGAGGACCCUAGCAGGAUGACCAGUGAUCCCCGGGUUCCCGCAGCCCCUGUGGGCUUCGGAAUCAUCUCCGAGGGCUUUGUGAAGCCCAGAGACAGAGCUGGAGGGCCACUCCCACCUCCCCUGGAUGAGAUCUUGAGCAAAGUGACAGAGGUGAGCAACACACUCCGGACCAAGGUGCAGCUGCUGGAUGAGGUGCACGGGCUGGCGCUGGGUCACGAGGCGCACCUACAGAGGCUGCGGGAGGCCCCUCCCUCUCCGCUCACCUCCCUGCCACUUCUGGACGAGUACGUGGACCGACGGCUGCACAGACUCUGGGGGAGCCUACUGGAUGGCUUCGAACAGAAGCUGCAAGGUGUCCAGAGUUCCUGUGACCUGCGGGUACAGGAGGUGCGGCAGCAGUGUGAGGAGGGCCAGGCAGCCAGCCAGCGGCUGCACCAGAGCCUGGAUGGCCGGGAGCUGGCCCUGCGCCGGGAGCUGUCACAGCUUGGGACUAGGCUGCAGGGCCUGAGCAUGGCCGGCGGGGGCAGCUGCUGCAGCAGGCUGGCCUUGAUCAGCGCCCGCGUGGACAACCUCGAGAGGAACCUACAGAUGUUCACUGAGGCCCAGAGGGGACAUGGUCCCCUCACCAGGGAUGAACUGGAGCGGCUUUCUGCUGCCAUGCUCGAGGGGGGUACCGACCAGCUACUGGAGGGCCUGGAGACCCUCAAUGGGACGGAGGGUGGAGCAAGAGGCUGCUGCCCGGGGGCAGAGGAGGGGGGAUGGGAUGUGAGCAGCUUCAGGACCGUGCUAGAAGAGCGAGUGCAGAACCUAGAAGAGCGCCUGGUGGCGCUGGCUGGGGAGCUGAGCCAUGACAGCGCCCCACCGGGCAGGUCGGCCCGGCCACUGGUGCAGACGGAGCUGGCGGUGUUGGAACAGCGACUGGUUUCACUGGAGACCUCGUGCACGCCCAGCACCACCUCGGCCAUCCUGGACAACCUUGCAGCAGAAGUGAAGGCCUGGCAGAGCCGGAGUGAGGCUCUCCUACUCCAGGUGGCCAGCCACGCAGCCCUGCUCCGGCAGCUCAACGGCACCAUGGCCGAGGUCCAGGAGCAGCUGGCAGAAGCCACAGGCAGCUCGCUCCAAGGCGAGAUCACCCUGCUCAAGGUCAAUCUGAACUCAGUGAGCAAGUCGCUCACGGGCCUCAGCGACUCCGUCAGCCAGUACUCAGAUGCUUUCUUGGCAGCCAACUCCUCCCUGGACGAGCGAGAACGCAAGGUGGAGGCGGAGGUGCACACCCUCCAGGAGCAGGUCAGCAGCCAGGGCUCUCGGCUUCAGGCGGGCCACAGGCAGGUCCUGAGCCUGAGGGGGGAGCUGGAGCAACUCAAGGCUGGCAUGGCCAAUGUGGCGGGUGGGCUGAGCCGCUGCCGUGACACAGCCAGGGACCUGCAGCACGUGCUGGGCCGCUUCGACCAGAGGGUGGCUCAGGUGGAGGGUGCCUGCGGGAGGCUGGGCCUACUGGCUGCCAGCCUGGACCGCCGGCCCCCUGACUCACUCAGGCCCAGGGAGGGCCUGUGGGGCUACGUGGACCAGCUGAAUCGCACACUGGCUCAGCACGCACAGGACAUCGCCCGCCUCCAGGAUGACCUCCUUGACUGCCAGGCCCAGCUAGCCGAGCAGGUGCGGCCCCGGCAAUCUGACUAGGCAGGCCAGACAGGACCCAACCCUGGACCCCACCGCUUCUGGGGAUGUCCCUCCAGAGCCCAGCCUUGCCCAGCGUGUCUCCCAGCCUCCCCUGCCCAGCGUGGAUGUCACUUCAGAGGCCACGAAGGAAUAGCCUUGGUCCACCUCCGUAUGACUGUCCUCAGCCACCAAAAUCCACACUGAGCGCUGUCCCAGCUGGACAAGUCAACGUCAUGGUCAGAGCAAGGACAUCAUGUCUGAAGGCCAGGGUGGACCUAACUGACCUCACAGUCCAGUCUGCAAAUCGUCCUCUGCAGACACACCAGGGUCAGCACUUGCACAAAGACUUGCAGGUCUAGUCACAGACAGUGACCUGUCCACAUCUCGCUUUGCCCCCGGGGCCAUGAUCCCCAGGCCAUAGCCCCCAGCCUGUGGAGGCUUCUGUUUCCCCUAUCCCCCUGGCUUCUCUCCCUAGCUGUUUGGGCUCAGUUUCUGCACCAAGGUGGCACCUACUGGCACGGUCCUCACACCUGGCAGCUUCCUGUAUGUGGUUUCUGAAUCAAGGACCAGAGGUUUCCACCGGCCCUGGUCCUUCUGCACAGAACAGAAACACAAAGACUCAGCUGAGAGAGUUCUUUUUAUUUGUUUUGACCCUCCCCUCAGGUGAGGGAUUAGGCAGCUGUAGAUUCCCUGAGAAAAGGACAGGGUCCAGGCCCUGUUUAGAGACCCUGCCCCAAUUUAUCCUUUUCCUUCUCUUUCCCAAAAAUGCUUCAGGGCCUCUGGUCCCCACACCCUCCCCUCCUUUCCAUUUUGGGAAAAAUCCACCCCACCCUCCCAGGUUAGAGCCUCAUAAAUACCAUGGCCUGAAUGAGGCCAGACUGAACAGGAGGCCACAGGAGAGAAAGGCCUCCAGGUCCAGUUUCCAGCACCUCAGUGAAACCCCAGCCCCUCCUGGAGGUUCACGAAGAGAAAUUCAGGUAGGACACCAUCAGGGGACAACUGACAUGGGACAUGGGACAGCCAGCGUGUAGAGUUCCCAGAGGCCCUGAUGCCCAUCUUUGCUGAAGCUCCCGGCCUCAGUUCCCCCACAGCAGCCCGGGCCUUUCUGUGCUGUGUUGCAGGUCCCGGCAGCCCUGCCUUCUGGUUUCUUCCCUCCACUGUGGUGCUGUUGGGGGAGGGCAGGCCUGGAUUAAAGCUUGUAGCCCAUC